AUAGAAAGGAGGAGCGACAGAAAGAGUGAGAUAAAGAAAUACGCCUAUAUAGAGACAAGUGUGACUAUCUACUGGAAAUGCGAUUUUGUAUAUCGUAAAAAUACAAAAAUGUAUCUUUAAAAACUGAACUGAAAUGAAAGCAAGAGGCCUGGCGGACUAUAUCUUUAAACGAGGAAAUGGACAUCUGUCACAACAAGAUUUACACAUGGACGAUGAAUGGGAAGAAGAGGAGCAGCUGGUUGUUGUGGAGCUGGCAGGUGUAAUCAGCAAUGAUUUUCUUUCCAAGUGCCGCGGUACAUGCAAUAUACUGGACAUUGACAGUGAUAAGCCCAUGAUGCAAGUUGGACCAUAUGUAUUUGUUGGAGAGUAUGAAGAUGCAUUAGGCACAUGUGUGCUAUUCGAGGAGGGCUCACCCAAUGGAGACACCAAGGAGAGUACCGCAGACCUGAAGUACAAUGGUCAUACUGUAAAAAGACUGAAAAUGCAACGCAUCUUUCUAACGGAGAAGAAAGAUGAGAAAGAUGACGAGACUAGCACAGAACCUGGACAGAAGGAUGGGACUGACUGUGUUGAGGCCCAGGACUCCUUGGAUAGUAGCCAUGAGGAGAGGUCAGGGGAGCCACAGGAGAACACUGCAGAUGACCCGACAAUGGAAUGACUCCGCAGUCAUCCUGUCCAUGCUCAUACUGAUCAUUAUUAUCAACUUUCUGAUCUAGAUGUUUUUCAUUUAUUACCUAUCUUUUAGCCACACUAGUAUGGUCUCUAUUUUUCGUGUGUGUGUGUGUGUGUGUGUGUGUGUGUGUGUGUGUGUGUGUGUGUGUGUGUGUGUGUGUGUGUGUGUGUGUGUGUGUGUGUGUGUGUGUGUGUGUGUGUGUGUGUGUGUGUGUGUGUGUGUGUGUGACAAAUGUUGAAAAGAGCUAAUGUUUUUCUGGAUUUUAGAACGCUUGGAAGAUCGUAGUAUCUGCACAAGGUAUUAAUUUAUGGGUUCAUUUUGUUCUGAGUGCAAGGGAACAAAUGUGUUAUGAAUUUUUAAUUCCUUAAUAAGGGAUGUUUAUAUUGUAUAAAUCUUAAUAUCAACCUGUAUAUUAUGAACCUUUUUUACAACCCUCAUAAGGCGAUAGUUAGUAAUGAAAAAUAUAAAUAACUUUUCUACUAAA